AUGGCCACUAUCAGUCAUGGUCAUCCGCUGGUGCACACCUGCUGGGUUCUCGCGUUGGAAGACGGCGCCAGAGGGUGGAGGCGGAUGCAAUCACCACCAAUUGCAAGCUAUUUCGGCCUCCACAAAAACUCUACGGUCACCAUAGAUGGUGUGCUCUACUUCCUUUACAGCUUGUUGCGUGGGGACUAUGUCCUCCGCCUUGACCUCGAGACCGAGCAAUGGAAGAGGUCCAUCAAAGCCCCAGAGAUGAGAUAUACAACGCCUCAUAUGGUCGAGCUCAACGGCACCCUUAACAUGGUUCACUCGGAGGGACGCGGGACCAAACAUGGUUGCACGAUCAUAUGGCUCCUGUCUGAUUUGGCCAAGGGCACCUGGGUCAAGGCGUACAUGAUCCCGAUGCCUGAAACAGUUGAUCUGGUGAUCCCUCUAAAGGUGAUGCGUCAUGGUGGAAAGCUAAUGUGCUAUUACAGCUAUUACUUACUUAGUGACAAAGCAACUCCGACGCUACAAGUCUAUGAUCUGCUCAAUGAAACAUGCACACACCUGGCAGAUCUUCCGGGGAACCAAUUGGCUGACGUUGGUUUUUGCGACCUGCACUUGGAAUGUUAUGUACGUCCCACCUAA